CGUCCCAGCGCUAAGUUGUGGGGCCCAGCUUCUCGCGACCUGUUUCUUCCCCAUCCGCUCCGCGAGUCACAGCUCUGCGUCGCCGGCUGCUCGGAGUCCCCGAACCCGCGCCUCCUCUGGGCGGGGACACGCCUGCCCUUGUCGAGAAAACUUUUCCUGCCGACUCUGUCGGGGUGGCGGUGGCAGGAAGUCCGGGCGGCGCCCUCUCCUCCGCUUGCCGUGCGCGCCCUGCCGAGUACCGGAGCUGGGCUCUCGAUCAAGUUUGCGGGGCUCCUUCCUGGCUGGAGGCGGGUCCCACUUCGGGAGGGACGACCGCCUUCUGGGAGGGCAGCAGGCCGGGGCUAAGGCCGAGGGCGCCUGGGGGCGCCGGAGACAAGGUGCAGAGCGUGGCCCGGACCGGCACCCGAGAACGCAGAGGGCGCGCAACCGGGGAGCAGGGAGCCUCCGGCGGCCGCUUCCUGGAGUCCUCAGUCCGGCUCCUCGGCUAGCCCGCGUGAGGACAGUGUGCUGGCCCCGAGCCUAUCGAGGAAAAUGAAGUUAAGUCGUCAGUUCACAGUGUUCGGCAGCGCGGUCUUCUGCGUGGUGAUCUUCUCGCUCUACCUGAUGCUGGACCGGGGUCACUUAGACUAUCCCAAGAGCCCGCGGCACGAGGGCUCCUUUCCCCAGGGCCAGCUCUCAAUGUUGCAAGAAAAAAUAGACCAUUUGGAGCGUUUGCUAGCUGAAAAUAAUGAGAUCAUCUCAAAUAUUAGAGACUCGGUCAUCAAUUUGAGUGAGUCUGUGGAGGAUGGUACGAAAAAUUCACAAGGCAACAUCAGUCAAGGUGCUGGCUCACAUCGUCUGCCAUCGCAACAAUUAUCCCUCCCAGUCGACCCCGAAGACUGUCUGUUUGCUUCACAAAGUGGAAGUCAGAAUUCAGAUGUGCAGAUGCUGGAUGUUUACAGUCUAAUUCCUUUUGACAAUCCAGAUGGUGGAGUUUGGAAGCAAGGAUUUGAUAUUACAUACGAAUCUCAUGAGUGGGACACUGAGUCCCUUCAAGUCUUCGUGGUGCCCCAUUCCCAUAACGACCCAGGUUGGUUGAAGACUUUUGAUGACUACUUUAGAGACAAGACUCAGUACAUGCUUAAUAACAUGGUCAUAAAGCUGAAAGAAGACUCAAGGAGGAAAUUUAUGUGGUCUGAGAUCUCUUACCUUUCAAAGUGGUGGGAUGUAAUAGAUACUCAGAAGAAGGAUGCUGUUAAAAGUUUACUAGAAAAUGGUCAGCUUGAAAUUGUGACAGGUGGCUGGGUUAUGCCUGAUGAAGCUGGUCCACAUUAUUUUGCCUUAAUUGACCAACUAAUUGAAGGACAUCAGUGGUUGGAAAAAAAUCUAGGAGUGAAGCCUCGGUCUGGUUGGGCUAUUGACCCUUUUGGACAUUCACCAACAAUGGCUUAUCUUCUGAAACGUGCUGGAUUUUCUCACAUGCUUAUCCAGAGAGUUCAUUAUGCAGUUAAAAAAAAUUUUGCCUUGCAUAAGACGCUGGAGUUUUUUUGGAGACAGAAUUGGGAUGUGGGAUCUGUCACAGAUAUUUUUUGCCAUAUGAUGCCCUUCUACAGCUAUGACAUCCCUCACACUUGUGGACCUGAUCCUAAAAUAUGCUGCCAGUUUGAUUUUAAACGGCUUCCUGGAGGCAGGGUUGGUUGUCCCUGGGGAAUCCCCCCAGAAACAAUAUAUCCUGGAAAUGUCCAAAACAGGGCUCAGAUGCUUCUAGAUCAGUACCGUAAGAAAUCGAAGCUUUUCCAGACAAAAGUUGUCCUGGCCCCACUAGGAGAUGAUUUCCGCUACUGUGAGCGCACAGAGUGGGAUCAGCAGUUCAAGAAUUAUCAGCUACUUUUUGACUAUAUGAAUUCUCAGCCUCAGUUUAAUGUUAAGAUACAGUUUGGAACUUUAUCAGAUUAUUUUGAUGCAGUGGAUAAAGCAGAUACAAAGAGUGGAAAGAGUAGCCAGUCAAUGUUCCCCGUUCUAAGUGGAGAUUUCUUCACUUACGCUGACCGGGAUGAUCAUUACUGGAGCGGCUACUUCACAUCCAGACCCUUUUACAAACGAAUGGAUAGAGUCAUGGAAUCCCAUUUAAGGGAUGCUGAAAUUCUUUACUAUUUGGCCCUGAGAAAAGCUCAGAAAUACAAGAUAAGUAAAUUUCUUGCAUCAUCACAUUAUAUGGCACUGACAGAAGCCAGAAGGAACCUGGGACUGUUUCAACAUCAUGACGCUAUCACAGGAACUGCAAAGGAUUGGGUGGUUGUGGAUUAUGGUACCAGACUUUUUCACUCAUUAAUGAAUUUGAAGAAGAUAAUUGGAGAUUCUGCACUUCUUCUUAUUUUGAAGGACAAGCACACAUACGACUCUUACUCUUCCGAUAACUUCUUAGAGAUGGAUUUGGAACAAAAAUCACAAGACUCUCUGCCACAAAAAAAUAUAAUAAGGCUGAGUGUGGAGCCAAGGUACCUUGUGGUCUACAAUCCUUCAGAACAAGACCAGAAUUCGGUGGUCUCAGUCUAUGUGAGUUCCCCCACUGUGCAAGUGUUCUCCGCUACCGGAAAACCUGUGGAAAUUCAAGUCAGUGCAGUUUGGGAUACACCAAAUGCUCUUUCACAAACAGCCUAUGAGAUCUCUUUUCUAGCGCAUGUACCACCAUUGGGAUUGAAAGUGUAUAAGAUUUUGGAAUCAGCAAGUUCAAAGCCAUCCUUAGCUGAUUAUGUUCUAUAUAAUGGUAAAACAGAAGUUAGAGGAAUUUUCAACAUAAAGAAUAUAAAAAGUGCUGAAGAAGAUAUAAUGCUAGAGAACUCCUUUAUUAAACUUUGGUUUGGUCAAUCUGGGCUUAUGCAGAAAAUGGUAAAUAAAGAAGACGGUAAACAUCAUGAAGUGAAACUGCAAUUCUCAUGGUAUGGAACCACAAAUAAAAAAGACAAAAGUGGUGCGUACCUCUUCUUACCUGAUGGGGAAGCCAGGCUCUAUGGGCACCCCACACUGCCCUUUGUCAGAGUGACGCGUGGAAGGAUUUACUCAGAAGUGACUUGCUUUUUUGACCACAUUACACAUAGAGUGCGGGUCUACCACGUGCAGGGAGUAGAAGGACAGUCUGUGGAAGUUUCCAAUAUUGUGGACAUUAGAAAAGAAUAUAACCGUGAGAUUGCAAUGAGAAUUUCUUCUGACAUAAACAGCCAAAAUAGAUUUUAUACUGACCUAAAUGGAUACCAGAUUCAACCUAGAGUAACAAUGAGCAAACUGCCUAUUCAAGCCAACGUUUAUCCCAUGACUACGAUGGCUUACAUCCAGGACGCUGAGCAUCGGUUGACACUCCUCUCUGCCCAGUCUUUAGGUGUUUCAAGUUUGAAAAGUGGUCAGAUUGAAGUUAUCAUGGAUAGAAGACUCAUGCAAGAUGAUAAUCGUGGCCUGGGGCAAGGUAUCCAUGAUAACAAGAUUACAGCCAAUUUAUUCCGAAUACUACUAGAAAAAAGAAGUGUCACUAAUAUGGAAGAAGAAAAGAAGUCGGUCAGUUACCCUUCUCUCCUUAGCCACAUAACUUCUUCUUUCCUGAAUCAUCCUGUCUUUCCAAUGACAGAAAAGGUCUCCUCACCCACCCCUCAGCUGCUGGGUGAAUUCUCUCCGUUACUGUCAUCUUUGCCUUGUGACAUUGAUCUAGUUAACCUGAGGACAAUACAGUCAAAGGUUGGUCAUGGGCCUUCGGAGGAGGCUGCCUUAAUCCUCCACAGGAAGGGGUUUGAUUGCCGGUUCCCUAGCAGAGACACAGGACUGCUUUGUUCCACAACUCAGGGGAAGAUGUUAGUACAGAAACUUUUUAACAAGUUUACUGUUGGAAGCCUCACACCUUCAUCAUUAUCCUUGAUGCAUUCACCUCCAGAUGCUCGGAAUAUAAGCGAGAUCAACUUGAGUCCCAUGGAGAUCAGCACAUUCCGAAUCCGUUUGAUGUGAAUCUGGAUUUCACAUUUGGAUUGGGAAGCAUUGGCUUUUGUCUCUUCUUGGUUUGACGUGCAAUAAAGAAGCACAUUAUUUGAGCUUCUGGCUACUGUGAGAACAUGAAUUCUGUGAUUUUUUUUUUUUUUCCCCAAUACACUGAGGAAAAAGAAAAAAAAAAAAGCCAUGGUAUAAACCAUUUUUUUUUUUUUAAGUUCAUUUUUUGAACUACCACCCCUGCCACAAUCGUUAUACUUUGAUGCAACAAAUGGAAGAACUAUCUAAAGACAACCUCUCAGCAGAUUGUAUCUCAGGUUAAAUGCUAACUAAUCAUGUCUGUGUUGAGGGUUGUGAAGAGAAUCUCGUAUUCGUGUUGCUGAUCCUUCGUUAAUUUUAUAAAUAUACCCAUUUGACUGAAAGGGAAUAAAAGCUGGUGGGUAAAUAGCUAAUGGCCACAAUGGUUGCAGUCAUUCAUACAGGUGAGAAAUUUUGUGUGUUGAAAUAUGUGGAAAAGUGCAAUCAUCAAUGCUUAGAGAGACAUAGUUGAUUUCCACACUUUCUCUAAUGUACCUCUUGACCCUGCCCUUCCUGCCCUUUGUAAGUAUUUCCAGGAGUAUCAGAUUUUGACUCAUUCAGCAGUAGAAAAAGAGGCAUAUUUUCAUUACUUGACAACGUGGGAUAGGUGCAAUUUAUUCCAUUGCCGCUGAAAUUGAAGAAGCAAUUCCACAGGUACCAUUAACCUAUUUUAGGUACCACAGGUGUCUUUUUACACAGCUCAUUUGAAUACAGGUGUUCUGAGAGGGGGUUUUCUAUUUUAAAAUUACCAUAUCAAAAUAAAUGUGCCUUAUUUUUUUAUAAGUCUUGUUAAAUCUUUUAGUGUCCAUAUUACUCUUUGGGAAAGGGGAGGCUGGGGGAUGGGGGGAGGAAUGGAUACUUUCUAUGAUACAUCAGUUGGACAAUUUUUGCCUGACAAUGCUGGCCACAUUCUGAUCUGUUUCAUUAAAUUUGUGCUGAUGUUACUCUAAACAUUUUGACUGUUUGAAUGUACCGAGGGGUCAGAAAACAAAACAAGGAAGGAAAUACUGUUAAUUAAAAUAUACUGCUGCCAAGGAACCUGCAACUUGAUGCAAGGGUUUUGUAACAUGCAAAAUCCAGACACUGUUCCCAUUUUACAGUGGUGAACCAUAUUGAAGUGAGAGUGCUUUAAAUAGACCCCGUGCUGAAACCCACUAAUAUGUAGCUUAUCGUGGUUUAUUAAAGGCUGUGUUUUGUUCAGCCAAUUCCAAACUGUCGUGUGUGCUGAAUGCAAAGUUCUUGUAGAAGCCCAUGUGCCAUUACAGUACUUAUAAUAAAAUUCAUUUGGGAUCAAUAUUUCCUUAACUUUAAAACAAAAGCAACGUUAGCAACAUUUAGAAUGUUCACUUUUAGCCUGGAGAGGGUUUUUUUGUGUCUGUACAGUUUUGAAAAUUCUCUGUGUUAACUAAUUAGUAUUAUCUGACUUUAAAUGGCCAUUUACCUCUUGUCAUUCCAGCAUCUUUAUCAGAGAUUAAAACCUAAUUUCUGUUUGUUUCGUCAUGUAGUCUGAUCAUCAUCUGGAUUUUCACUCAAGGUGCAGUUCCUAAGAUUAUUGUUAUGUUAAAUUCAUACGCUCCUUUCGCCUUUAAUAAUUAAGGAAACAAUGCCACUGCUGGUGAAGAUAUUAUAAGGGGGUAAUUUCAUGCAAUAAACAUGUACUGUAAGUUUCCUUCCUAGUCUUUUGUGGAUAACUAAAAAGAGAAAAAGGAAAAAUGCUUCCUUUUUGUGGCUGUCUACACAUGUAAGGAUUGCCAGAAGGAAAUCCCAAGAAGAAGAUCAGUAUUUCCAUUGCGUCUUAAAUGCAUAACUUCCUAUGGGAGGUCGCUGUGUUUUGUGGUUAAGUGGGUAUGCUUAAUUGUUUUGUAAAUUCUGAUCAGCUGAAAUAAAAAAAAUCUUGAUGCAAUAACAGUGGUUUUGCCACUUCGGCUUGUUUGAGAUGGAUCUGUGCUGUGUCAUUUGGAGUCUUAUCCCGUGUAUGUUGCCACCAGCUGUUCACAGGUAAAGCAGAAAGUCUCUUUAACCAGCAAGUGUCUGCUUUUUCAAGUUAUUUUUAGAAUAUAUCAUCAGGGAAAUGAAGAGAGGAUGCGUUUUCUUUGAGUUGUGGUCAAGAACUAAAUAAUUUGGCGUCUCUGGUGCACACUAAAACAUACAGUUACCAUAAUCUUGCUGGUGUAUUUGUUUGCUUUGGUUUUAUUACAUAAAUUAUCAUGGAUGUCAGUUGACCACGUAGCGUAUUACUUUCUCUUGUUUAUGUUUUUUGGAAAUUUUAAUUUGGGGUUACAACUGUGGUGUUUUGAGAACUCAGCAUUCCUGUUUUCUGCAAGUACUAGUUAAAAUAAAACAUUGUGAAGUGUGUUGUAAAACCUUGUAAUUACCUUUCCAUGUCUUUGUUAUAUUUAAUGCCAAAAUGUUUCCACAUUCUUUUGUCUGGAACAAAAUCUUUGCUUUCAUUUUGAUUCUGUUGCUCACCUUGGAAUCAGCAGGUUUUGAUAUUUUCUCUUGGAAGAUUUUUUAUCUUUUUGGGAAUGUGUAAUAUAAGAUCUCUAAUAAAAAUCAUCUUAUAUCA